AUGAUCGACUUAAUCAAAAAGGAAAAGCUAACCAUUCCCGAAGACAGUCCCAUGUGCAUGGUCAAAAAAAUAAUAAUCGUUGCACAGCAAAAAUCUGAGAGCGGAAAGAUCAUCACAGACUGGGAUAUUCAUAUUACAGCUCACGCAAACAUCGGCGCAGGAAGUGAUACUACGUCUUUGGGCUUGAGCACCGUUCUAUACUAUCUUUACAGAAAUCCUCUCAGCCUUGAAAAAUUGCGGAAAGAUAUCAAAUGGCAGAAUUUAUCCUAUCUACAGGCUGCGAUCAAGGAAGCACCGCGUAUGCCUCCUGGCACGGGAUUGCCUCUAUGGCGAAAAGUUCCUGAGGGCAAGAUGACCAUAUGUGACCUCUUUUCCAAAAGGAUUAGGUCAUCCAUCAAAACUGAGCAGUAUAUGGAGAAGAUGCCGAUCAGUAUCGACCUGACCGCUGGCUCAAAACUACUUCCGAUAGUAACGAAGCCGCACCCAAACUGA